AUGAACUGCCCGCCAUCCAAGUCCAGGUAUUCAUUGCAACAAUUCUUCGUAGCAGGCUCGCGCGAGAGUCUGGGGCUGCGGCGUUCGCGCGCGACCUUCACGAGCCACCUCAGCAUGACGCCGCGCGCCUCGGAAGAUCUGCCGCCUCGCGGUGACACCUUCUGCUGCGCGAUGACCAAGUCGGCGUCUCCGCGCUCGCUGCGCGAGGUCCGGCAGUCCCGCGGCUCGUUCGUGUCGCUGAGCAGCACCAUCUCCACAGUCUCGUCGACGCAGAUCGCGUCCCCGCUGCCGCAGGGUCUCCGCGUGCAAGGGUGGAUGUACUGGGCCCGCAACGAGGACAGCAAGGACGACACCAGCGCCCAGCGGUACACGAAAGUGUACGCGGUGCUGCGCAACGAGUUCCUGCUGCUCUACCGCAAUGAUCAACGUCCGUCCAAAGACGUCCGAGCGCAACCGUUAGUGCAGAUUGCAGUGGCGAGCUCGUGGCGCGGCGUGGACGGCGUCCUGCACGUGGAGGAUCCGUACGGCGAGACGAUGGAGCUGCACCUGUACGAGCGCGAGGACUACGAGACCAGUCGCAUGUGGGGCGACGCACUGGAACAGGCGUCGGAGCUCACGCACGCGCACUUCUCCCACUUCGACGUGAAGGUGGAAGACCUGUCUCGAGGCAGCGUGUACCGCGGUACGCUGCAUGACUUCCGUCUGGACCGCGAGAGCUCCAUCCGCAGAUCGGUCACGCACAUGAAGAAGUUUAAAACCUGGAGCUCGCUGCGCAAGUUCAUCCCGACGCGGAUAUCGAGUCGCAUGAAAUACUCCCGAUCGUCGGCGCCAAGUUGA